AAAGCAUAAGCAAUUUCAAUCACUUCUCACACACGUAGUAGUGUUCACGAGAGAGAGGAGGAAUAAUAAGAAUAAGAUGCGUACAUGGUUCAGAAAUGCAAAACUUUAUCUGCUGUUAUUGGCGGUUCAAUUUGGCUCUGCAGGAAUGUUCGUAUUUGCCAUGGAUGCCAUCAAGAAGGGUAUGAGCCAUUACGUGUUCACCGUCUACCGUAAUGUCAUCGCCUCUGUAACUCUCGCUCCCUUUGCAUUUGUUCUUGAAAGGAAAGUUAGGCCCAAGAUGACAGUCCGGAUAUUUGCAGAGAUUAUGGCGCUGGCUUUCUUCGAAAUAAUACUGGAUCAGUGCUUUGCCCUCCUAGGCAUGAAAUUCACGUCGGCAUCUUUCCUAUCUGCUGUGAUGAACUCAGCACCCUCUGUUACUUUUUUGUUGGCUGUCAUUCUAAAGUAAGUAGUCAAUCAAAUGACAAGAAAAACCAAAAUUGAAUUGUACUAAUUUUCGAACAAAACAUCAAUA